GUGUUCGCAGAGCUAGAUAAAUUGAGGAGUGGGUGGCAGCUGGAGUUGCUAGGUGUGGAUCCCGGGGCACGGUGGGGCAGGGAGUACGGUGCGACCUUGAGGGACACCCGCGCGGGGAGGCAGAGAACACAGGCAGAACCUAGACCUGGUACUGACCCUUGACCUCGGGGUGCUCCCCCAUCUCUCAGGCGUGAUGGCUACGGGCGCGGAUGUACGGGACAUUCUAGAACUCGGUGGCCCAGAGGGAGAUGCAGCUUCUGGGACCAUCAGCAAGAAGGAUAUCAUCAACCCGGACAAGAAAAAGUCCAAGAAAUCCUCGGAGACACUGACCUUCAAGAGGCCUGAAGGCAUGCAUCGGGAGGUCUAUGCCCUGCUUUACUCUGACAAGAAGGAUGCACCCCCACUACUGCCCAGUGAUACUGGUCAGGGGUAUCGCACAGUAAAGGCUAAAUUGGGAUCCAAGAAGGUUCGGCCUUGGAAAUGGAUGCCAUUUACCAACCCAGCUCGAAAGGAUGGCGCUAUGUUUUUCCACUGGCGACGAGCAGCAGAGGAGGGCAAGGACUACCCUUUUGCCAGGUUCAAUAAGACGGUGCAGGUGCCCGUGUAUUCAGAGCAGGAGUACCAACUCUACCUUCACGAUGACGCAUGGACUAAGGCAGAGACUGACCACCUCUUCGACCUCAGCCGCCGAUUUGAUCUGCGCUUUGUAGUUAUUCAUGAUCGGUAUGACCACCAACAGUUCAAGAAGCGUUCUGUAGAGGAUUUGAAAGAGAGGUACUACCACAUUUGUGCCAAGCUUGCCAACGUGAGGGCUGUGCCAGGCACAGAUCUCAAAAUACCAGUAUUUGAUGCUGGGCAUGAGAGACGGAGGAAGGAGCAGUUGGAGCGGCUCUACAACCGGACCCCAGAGCAGGUGGCAGAGGAAGAGUACCUGCUACAGGAGCUUCGUAAGAUUGAGGCCCGGAAAAAAGAGCGGGAAAAACGCAGCCAAGACCUGCAGAAGCUGAUUACAGCAGCAGACACCACUGCGGAACAGCGGCGCACAGAACGCAAAGCCCCUAAGAAAAAGCUACCCCAGAAGAAGGAGGCCGAGAAGCCGGCUGUUCCUGAGACUGCAGGCAUCAAGUUUCCAGAUUUUAAGUCGGCAGGUGUCACACUUCGGAGCCAGCGGAUGAAGCUGCCCAGCUCUGUGGGUCAGAAGAAGAUCAAGGCGCUGGAGCAGAUGCUGCUGGAGCUUGGUGUGGAGCUGAGCCCCACCCCCACAGAGGAGCUGGUGCACAUGUUCAACGAGUUGCGGAGUGACCUGGUGUUACUCUACGAGCUCAAGCAGGCCUGUGCCAACUGUGAAUACGAGCUACAGAUGCUGCGGCACCGGCACGAGGCCCUGGCUCGGGCAGGAGUGCUGGGGGGCCCUGCCACACCAGCAGUGGGAACAGCCCCAGCCUCUGCUGAGCCAGCAGUGUCUGAAUCUGGACUUGGCCUUGACCCCACUAAGGACACCAUCAUUGAUGUAGUGGGUGCACCCCUCACACCCAAUUCGCGGAAACGACGGGAGUCUGCCUCCAGCUCAUCUUCUGUGAAGAAAGCCAAGAAACCAUGAGGGGCCACUAGGGUUGGUGGUAUGGUGUAAAUAGAGCUGUUACAUUGGACUGGG